UGAAUAUUCUUUUCUCAGAUUCCUGUUGUCGUGGUCCUGGCUGAUUUGCCGCACAAUGAAUGUGGCUCAGUGGAUGACCUGAACCAUCAGAAGUCAUUAACUUUGUUCUCAUUUCUGCAGGUCCUCAUCCAGUUCUUUGUGCUUGCUUGAUUACCUUCCUCCUCCCCGCCUUGACAAACUCGCAUUUCCUUUCUAUCUCUGCGUUUCAACACUUCUUCUCUCUUUGACCUCCUCUAGUGGUUGACUUCUCUCACAUCAGCCAAGAUGAAGAUCAAGUGUACCUACGAGGACUGCUUCAGACAUUUCGAGUCUCAGUCAUCAAUGAUCACGCACAAGAUCAAAGACAUCAAACACUGUUAUUGUAAACUUUGCGAUCUCGACUUUCCAGAUGACAUGCAUCUUUUCAUCCAUCAACUUGGAACUCCUGCCCACAUCUGUUGUCCCGUCUGUGCUCUGGAGUUCAAAAGUAUCGCAGGCAGAGAUCGACAUGUCGAACAGACACACCGUACGAGUCAGAAUAUCUCCUGUGCCGGCUGCCAAACCCGGUUUUACUCUGCACAGUCACUGAUGCAACACAUCGAAAACGACGAAUGCGAUGUCAUCCGAUUGAGGGAUUUUCAGAUGCAACGAGCCGAGAAACAAUUGCAAAAGGAUACGUGGAUGAAAGAAACCGAACCUUACGACUUCACUAGUCCAGUGCAAAGCCGACUCGCGGACGCUGCCAGCUUGAUGGAUGAUGAGGCUGCUGGAGACGCUGAUGGUGGGGUCUCUCUGGUCCAGCCCCGUGAUGGUCGCCGCAUCUCGGCAUUGCCAGAACAGCAUUUCCCACCGUCAGGUACGGACCCGACCAGAGGCCAAGGUACCACUGCAAAAUCUCAACUCACCACGAGCAACCUGUUGAAAAACAACGACCCGACCAAGGACAUGGCAGGGCUGACAAUAUCACAUCAUCAUCAGCUUCGCCCGCAAGCACCAGCAUGGGACUCCUAUGCAGCGGCGGCGGCGGUACCGGAACCGACCCCUGGCGAGAACGCAGCCAACAUCCGCGACUGGCUCGGUUCCGUCAACAGCAAGACGAACCCACCGUCCGACAAUCACAGCGAGGUCGCUUCGAUCUACGACCGUAAGUCACCGGAAUCGGUGGUGUCGGAAAACUACAUCCCUCCAAGCCUGCGGGCCGGUUCGAUCCCAGCCGGGGGCAUAAGGAGAGUUAUAACGAUGCCAGCCCACAGCAUCAUCACCAGCACGGGCGGCAUCGAGUUCGAAAAGUACUGGGAUUCGUUGCGCCAGGAGUACGUCUGUCCGGGGGAGAAGUGUCUCCGCGCCUUCAAAGGUCAGCUGGAUUUCAAAAAUCACCUCCUCUCCGCGGCACACGUCGGCGGCCAGGUGACCUGUCCGAGCUGUCUGAAGAAGUUUGCGACCACGACGGCUUGGGUGGCCCAUUGCGAAAGUGCGAGCAAGAGGUGUGACAUACGCAAAAGUGCCGAUUUCAACAACGUGAUGCGAGAAAUCACCGGUGGUAUCUUGGGCACCAGUGGCUUUUUGGGCGACGGUUCCGUCAGGUACGUUGCACCUCGGAUUGAGGAAUGGUGA